AUGGAAGAGCGGAGGGAGGUGCUUCGCGGUCGAGAUCUGGAGGAGGCAACUCAAGAGGCGAUUGGAAGAGCUCUCGAUGCAGUGAAUAAGAGGAGAAAGGUGGAAAAUCCUGGCCCGGUGCGCGCUGUGCGGGACCCUGCGAAUGCGCCCAAAGUCGCUGCGCUGCACGACGUUGGCCUGCCUACACUUGAAGCCUACUCUUUGAAUGAAGAAGAGCAGCCAAGCAAAGACGUUUUUCCAUUUCUCAAGCUACCUGCCGAACUGCGAAUGAAUAUCUACCGCUGGGCACUGUGCAGUGAUGAGCCGCUGCUGCUGGACUUGCCGCCCAAAGACGAGAAAGAUGACGACACGGAGACGCUGAAGCCGAAGCGGGCGUCCAUCGCAAGGAACAACGCAGGCGUCAACGUCGCACUACUCCGGACAUGCUCCCUCGUAUACAAAGAAGCGCGUCAGAUCUUCUAUUCGGAGAAUUGUUUUACUCUCUCUAUCGAAUCAAGUGUUGCUACGCUAGGGCAGUUGCACCAGCGCUCGCGUUCGCUCAUAAGAUCUGUCACCCUCGCCAUUCCUUCGCAUCACGACAUCUUGGAUAGCUUUGCCGAUAUGGUGCGUUUGGGACUGCGCUAUUGUUGGGGUCUCAAGACGUUCACAAUCCGACUGGAUGUCAUGCUUCCCGAUUUUGACACCCUACCUGCAGGUCACCACGGUGGCAUCUACGCGAAUGCGUUCCGCAUCUUGAGAUGGUUGCCGAAGGGUUGCAAGGUCAUUCUCGAGGGCAACGUCAACGAAAGCGUGAAGAGGGUUGUUGCGGAAGAGGGUCGUUUGCUUGUCGAACUUGACGAGGCACGUUGA